AUGCGUCUGUCAGCCUCGCUCUUUUGGGCGGCCACCACGGCCGUCCAGGGCGUCGCUGCCUACUGGAUGGAAGAGGUUGCCCACCAAGGCAAGGCUCCUUACCACGCCGAUCCCGACUACCAAGUCUUCCGCAAUGUCAAGGACUUUGGCGCCGUUGGUGAUGGUGUAACGGACGACACCGCCGCCAUCAACGAAGCCAUUAGUGCGGGCCAAAGAUGUGCUCCCCAGGAGUGCAAGCAGUCUACGACUUCUCCUGCCGUCGUGUAUUUUCCUUCCGGAACGUACCUCGUCUCCGGUUCCAUCAUCGACUACUAUUACACCCAACUCAUUGGUGACCCGACGGAUCGUCCGGUGAUCAAGGCUUCUGCUGAUUUCCCCACAGACACCACCGUGGGUGUCAUUGACGGCAACCGCUAUGGCGCCGACGGCCUCGCCUGGAUCGCCGUCAACGUCUUCUUCCGCCAGGUCCAGAACUUCAUCAUCGACACCACCGCUAUCUCGGCCUCGGCGAAUGCUAUCGGUAUCCACUGGCCUUCCUCCCAGGCAACUGCGCUCUCCAACGUCGAAUUCCGUCUCUCCUCCGCCGCCGGUACCCAGCAUGUUGGUGUCUUGAUGGAGGAGGGCUCUGGUGGGCUUUUGAACGAUCUUACGUUCCGUGGCGGCCUUGUCGGCGCGAAGCUGGGGAACCAGCAGUACACCGCAAGGAACCUUCAGUUCUUCGGGUGCGAGACUGCCAUCAGCCAGCUUUGGAACUGGGGCUGGACUUACAAGUCGCUCCACGUGGAGGAUUGCGGCGUUGGUAUUGACGUCCUCGACAACAACACUGCUUCCAUCACCAUCCUCGAUAGCCAGUUCACCAGGGUCGACCAGGCCAUCAAGACCAAGCGCGACGGCGACAAGACUACCCCCAAGGCCUCGGGCUCCCUCGUCUUGGAGAACGUCUCGUUCGACACUGUGGGCGCUAUUCUCACAGGCCCCAACGGCGUCGUGAUCCCCGGUGACUCUGCUGGUGAAGCAUUGAUCGAGGGGUUCGCUGAUGGCCAUCUCUACAACUACACCGGCCCCAACGUCUACGUUGGAGACGACCGCAAGUACUUCCCCGCCCUGCCGCUUUGCUUGACGGUGACAAGUACUAUGAAAAGUCCAAGCCCACCUAUGGCGAUCGGAGACGGCACUGAGGACGCGACCGCCAUCCUCAACAAGUUUUUUGCCCAUGUUGCGGGAACCGACAAGGUCGCCUUCAUCGAUGCCGGUUAUUAUGUCAUCACCGACACUGUCACCAUUCCUGCCGGUGUCCGAGUUGUUGGUGAAGCUCUCGCGUCCGUCCUUCUCGGCACCGGCCCAGUCUUCUCCGACAUCGAGAACCCCGUCCCCGUCAUCCGUGUCGGAAAGCCUGGUGACAAGGGCCGCGUGGAGUGGUCUGACAUGAUUGUCUCGACCCGCGGCGCCACUGCUGGUGCCAAGCUCAUCGAGUGGAACCUCAACUCGUCUGGUGAGCCCUCGGGCAUGUGGGAUGUACACGUUCGCGUUGGCGGUUUCGCCGGCACGGAGCUUCAGCUCGCCCAAUGCCCCAAGACCCCUACCGAGACCAACGUGGUCAACGAGGACUGUAUCGCGGCCUACAUAUCCCUCCAUGUCACCAAGUCUGCCGGCGGCCUUUACAACGAGAACUGCUGGGUCUGGGUUGCCGACCACGAUAUCGAGGACCCCGACUACGCGCAGAUUACCAUCUUUGCUGGCCGAGGUAUCCUCGUCGAAUCCGAGACUGGUCGCAUCUUCAUCUCGGGUUCGGGCUCCGAGCACCACGUACUGUACCACCCAACCCCCGCGACCGUGCCUUUCCCUCCCGUUGCGGCCCUUCAGGAUCCCGACUUUGCUACCAGCUGCCGCGAUGUCCCCGACGACGUUCCCUGCGCCAUGGCGUGGGGCUUGAGGGUGAUUGGCUCCAAGGACAUUGUCAUCUUUGGCGCGGGCCUCUACUCCUUCUUCAACAACUACAGCACCGACUGCUGCCAGCCUACCAGUGGCACCGAGUGCCAGCAGAGGAUUUUCGAAGUCGUCGGCAGCAGCCUGACGACCUACAACCUCAACACCAUUGGCACCGUUCGGAUGGUUACGAGGCAUGGCAAGGACAUUGCCUUUGCGCGCGACAACACCGCUGGGUUUGUCGACACGAUAGCGGUGUAUUAUAACGCUUGA